AUGGUGGUUACCCGGAGCCAAGACGGCAGGGAACCCGCGGAGGAGCAGCCGAGAACGCGACAAGCCACGCUGAGGCGAACGUUCGCGGAGCCGCCGCAAUCACCUUCGACUGGACCACUACGAGAAGAGGGUCAAGAAAUGGAACCCCCGAGAGGAGAGGGGCAAGAAAGAGAACCCUCACGAACAGAGGUGCCAAGAACUGUGACCAUACGUGCGCCAUCAGUGAGGUCAACCUCAAGUGCGACCGCCAGAAUAAGAGCAGCGGAGAUCGCGGCAGCGGAACGGUUGGCUGCGAUUAGAAAGAAGGAACUUGAACUCGAAGCGGACCUUAUAAAGAAACGUUUGGCCGCCGAGAUCGAAGACAUUCAAGAAGAAGAGAGAGUUGCGAGCGAAACCGGCGACCACGCACACGAGCGGGUCGAAGGCUGGCUACGCGAGCAGCCGAUUGCGACCGCGACAACUACGACGCGUGUUGAGGAUACGGGUGCGCCACGGGGGGAGCCCCCCGAUGAGGGGCGCUACUCAAGAUCGCCGACGCGGACGCCUGCGCGGGAACGUCAAAGAAGCAGCGGGCGCGCUAUCGAACAACUAGCAGAAGCCAUCAGAGAUAUGGCAUAUCGGCCGGGCAGACAGGAAUUGCCAAUAUUCAGCGGAGCAGCAACGGAAUGGCUUCCGUUUAGAGCGGCGAUCCGUGAUUCCGGGAUUCUAACGAAGGGAACACCGGCCGACAAUCUAGCAAAGCUGCGGUCAAGUUUAAGGGGAGAGGCCAGAGAGGUCGUCGCGGCUCUACUUUACACUGCAGCAGAUCCAGUGUUGAUAGUGAGAACGUUAGACCAGUACUAUGGAAGGCCAGAACACAUAAUAGAUCGUGCGCUGGAAGAGAUCAGACAUCUGCCGAAACCAGGAGCCGCAGCAAUGGAUCUCAACAAGUUCGCCAUCAAGCUCCAGAAUAUCGUAUCGAUUAUUCAGAACAUCGAUAACAGUGGAUAUUUGAUGAAUCCUAUGUUGGCGAGGGAUGUCAUUGAGAAACUCAAUCCUCACACACGGACGAGGUGGUGUGACUUCGCAGCGGACAGGAAGCGGCCGGGGGAAUCAGACAUCGUAGCACUGUCUCGCUUUCUAAUGGAAGAGGCGGACAAAGCGAUGAUGUACUCAUAUACGCCGAUGGCCUCCGGUUCCGGAACGCAAGCCUCAACUUCGAAGCCGCCAGUGAAGAAAAGUGCGCGAAUAUAUAACGCGAGUGAAACGACCGCACGCAAUGACAAUAAUGGACAAGUUAGUGACAAUAAAAGACAAAUAAAGUGCGUGUGUUGUGGUGGAGAUCACUUAGUGCCAGACUGUGAUCGGUUCAAAGACAAAAGUGAAUCGGAUCGGUGGGAACUGAUAAAGAAGUGCCGAUUGUGUUUCCUGUGCCUAGUGUCCACUCAUAGACGGCAAAACUGUAAAGCCCGUGCUUGUGAUCGUUGUGCUAGACCUCAUCACCACCUGCUGCACGCGGACCGGAGAACUACGCCUGUGCAGGAGACCGUCGUGACUGCGACCGCAACUACGGAUCGGCAGGUACUUUUAAAGAUGUGUCCGGUGACCCUGCGAGGCCCUCUAGGAGAGGUAAGGACCUACGCCCUUCUGGACGAAGGCGCUACGGUCUCACUGAUAGACGCUGACCUAGCGAAGUCGCUAACCAAGGGCGGGACGCCGAGGCCCAUAACCAUCAAGGGGGUCAAUGCGACAACGAAAGAGGAGGCCAGCCGCGAGGUACAGUUAAACAUAAAGGGCCGGUUCGAGAAUGAGGAGCACGAGCUGGUGUUGAGAACAAUGAAGAACUUCGAGCUGACACCUCAGACAGUACCAGGUCGUGUAUCGAAGUACCCGCACUUAAAGGACAUAGAAGGUCUGACCUAUGGAAAGGCGAAGCCACAGGUCCUAAUAGGGGCCGAUCAUUGGGACUUGCUCGUGGCCACCGACGUGAGACGAGGAGCAAAGCACGAGCCAGCGGCAACUAGGACUCCGCUGGGAUGGGUGGUUCAUGGGAUCCUGCCGUUCAGGAUGAUAAAGAAGAACGGUGGAACGGUGCUCCACAUCGUGGACAACCUAGAGAAGAUAGUGGCUUGGAAUUUUGAAAUGGAGGCGCUCGGUGUGGGUGUGAGGAAGGCCACCAAGCCCGCCGAGGAGAAGGCCGAAUCAACGUUUAGAGAGACAGUGCGCAGAACGCCAGACGAGCGCAUCGAGGUAGGGUUAACCUGGAAAGAAGGAAAUGUUACCCUACCUCCAAGCUACAAGGAGGCGCUGAAGAGACUCGUGAACCUCGAACGGCGGAUGGACCGAAAUCCGACAUUUAAAUCAAGUUACGAGCUGCAAAUAAGAAGAUUAAUAGAGAAAGGAUAUGUGGAACCCGUGACACGACUAGAAGAAGAAAAGAGGUGGUUCCUUCCGCAUUUCGCGACGACAAAUUUGAACAAACCAGAGAAGAUACGCCUGGUUUUUGACGCUGCAGCUCAAAGCGACGGACGCUGCUUGAACGACUAUUUACUGGAGGGGCCUAACCGUCUAAAGGACUUACCCGGCAUCUUGUACCGCUUCCGAGAGGAAGAAGUGGCAGUUUCCGCUGACAUCGCAGAAAUGUUCUUACAAGUGCAGGUUCGAAAGGAAGACCGGCCUGCGCUGACUUUCCUGUGGCGGGGGGAGGAUCGAACAAACCCGCCACAGCGAUAUCAGUUCAAGAGGUUAAUAUUUGGCGCAAACUGCUCCCCCUUUUUAGCACACAGUGCGCGAGACUAUAACGCCGAAUCUUUUAGAAAGGAGCACCCCAGAGCAUAUCGGGCCAUCACCCACUGUCACUACAUGGAUGACUAUAUAGAUAGUUUUAAAACAGAAGAAGAGGCGAGUGAAGUCGCUGAAGAAGUCAACUCAGUACACGAAAGAGCGGGUUUCAACCUCAGGUGUUGGAGCAGCAAUGCCACAGGAGUGCUAAAAACAUUGCCGGUCGAAAAGCUAGCUCGAGAAGAGGAUGUCAUCUUAACAAAUAGACCAGAGGCCCCCGACAAAACACUGGGCAUGAUCUGGCACCCUGCUACAGACCAGAUAGGGUUCAACACAAGGAUGGCACGGGUGCCAGCCGAGAUCAAGGACGGGAUGAAGAUACCAACCAAGCGACAAACACUAAGUCUGGUAAUGUCUCUCUAUGACCCACUGGGACUAAUUAGUCCGCACAUACUGACUGGAAGGAUUAUAUUAAAAGAUGUGUGGAAGUCAGAAAUUGAUUGGGACCAAGAACUGGAUGCGCCUGAAGCCCAAGAAAUAAAGAUUUGGCUCGGCAGGCUCGACCAAUUGGCGGAGAUUAAAAUCCAAAGGAAGUACGAUAAAUUGCGGGAAACGGAAGAGGGCGAACUACACGUGUUUUGCGACGCGAGCGAGCAGGGUUAUGCAGCAGUGGCAUACGCGCGCUUCCCAAAGAAGAACGGAGGCGCCGGGGUGAGCCUGCUCGCCUCCAAGGCGAAAGUAUCACCAAAGAAGACCCAGACUAUCCCAAGGCUGGAGUUGCAGGCAGCAGUGAUCGCAACUAGACUCGCGGUCUCCCUGAAGCGGGAGCAUCGAUUGCGGUUCAGCCGGACCUUCUACUGGACCGACUCCAGCACCGUCCUGCAUUGGAUAAAGAAUGGCGCCAAGCUCGAGCGACAGUACGUACAAGUAAGGUUGGGAGAGAUCCAAGAAGACUCCGAACCCCAAGAAUGGCGCUGGGUCCCCACCGAAAUGAAUGUCGCCGACGAGGCGACCAGGAAGAAACUGGAUGGGGAGGUCAUAACGACGACUUGGCUCAACGGUCCCGAGUUUCUGAAAGACCCGGAGGCCUCAUGGCCUGAACUGGAGGAGCGAGCGGUGCACACGGCGCAAGAGGAGCCACAUGACACCCUCAUAGACAUGAGCAGAUUCUCCAGCUAUGAGAAACUUGUGAGGACGUUGGCGUAUGUAUUGCUCUUCAUCCAAAGAGUGAAGACGAAGAGCAAAAGAGAACUGGACGUGCAGCACCUGGAAGGCGCGGAGAAGAUCCUAACCAUCAUGGCGCAACAGGAGAGUUUCCCCAAGGAAGUGAAAGAAUUGAGGACUGGAAAGCCGAUUCCAAAGGAAAGUCGACUAUUCGCGUUGGACCCUGCGAUGGCAUCAUCAGGAUGA